UUUACAUAUAAAAGACAAAGACUGUGUGGCUCUGGAGGUGCGGUACCACAAAAGCUGUUACAGUCAGUACACCAUGUUUUUGCUGAGACCUGACAAACCAGAGACAGAACAGGAUGAGGCAAUGUUUGAUGCCAGUUACAAGCUGUUCUGUGAGAGGAUCAUCCGCCAGAGGCUGCUUGUCAACAAUGAGGUGCUUAGAAUGGGCCAGCUGAGGCAGGCCUUCAUUGACAUGGUGAAAGCAAACGAAGGUGUUGAUGCUUCAAACUACAGACAGGAUCUGUUGAAGAAGAGGCUGGCUCAAGAUUUCCCUCAGCUAGCGUUUCACAUGCCCACCAAGCGCAACGUCUGCGAACUGUUUUUUGCUGAGACUCUGUCAAAGGAUGCACUCGUGGACAUGCUACCAGAUCCAUCCGGUACGGAAACAACACAGUCCAGUGAAUUGAGCCAGACAGACAGCGACAAUGAAACAGGGAGAACAAAGUGCCAAACAACACAUGAGGACACAAGGACACUGUAUACAGCAGCGUUGUUUUUGAAAAGACUGCUUAGUGACACUCCUGGCAUGUCAUGCCCAUGGCCUCCCACUUCUGAAAAUGUAAAUGUCACUGAAUCUCAAACUGUUGUCCCCAUUGGACUAUACAAUCUGCUCAGCUGGAUUAUAGGUUCCACUGAGGAGCCAACACUGGAUCAUUAUGUCAACAUUGAUGAUGACGUACAUUUGAAAGUGUUGUCUGUUUGUCAAGACAUUGUGUACCUUGCUUCCAAGGGCCGCAAGCAGACACCCAAGUCCUUGGCUUUAGGUUUAACUGUUCGACAUUUAACUGGAUCAUCACGCAUUGUAUCACUGCUUAACAGACUGGGACAUUGUGCAUCAUGGGACACAGUUUUGAGUCUAGACACUAGCCUUGCCCAACUGACACUAGUAGAAGGCAGAGACAAAAUACCGAAGGGAUUCUCAAAGCGGACACCCACAACACUUGUGUGGGAUAACAUUGACUUUGGUGAGGAGACACUAUCGGGUCGUGGAACUACUCACCAUACAAAUGGAAUUAAAUGGAAUUUUCCAGGCUCCUCAUCCUUGGCCAGAGCAGGAAAAUUGAAAUGAGGGAAAUUCUGUCAUAUUCCUUGGGAACUGUGUCAUAUCCAUUAGCAAGUGCUGAUGGUUCACUUGCCAAAACAAACAAAUCAGCUCUCAUGGAUCUAUUGCAGAGCAAAGGUGGAGAGUGCUUGGUUGACAAAGUUCCAAUAGGUGGUGCCAUUCUUUUUGAUGGCAUGGCAGUCAUGCAGGCCAUGCCAUCCAGACCAGCAACAUUUGGAGAGCUUGCAGAGACCAUACUGCAGAGCAUACUCCAACUUGCUUUGCAUCACAAGUGUACACGCAUUGAUUUUGUCACUGACCGGUAUCCACCCAUCAGCAUCAAAAGCCUAGAACGGUCCCGUAGAGCUGAUGCAGGGUCACAACUAAUAACAAUCUUCAGCCCAGAUCAGAGAACUCCAACCCAGUGGAAGAAGUUUCUCUCUGACGGAAAAAAUAAGGAAGCACUGGCCGAAUUCCUUUAUGUGGCAUGGACACAUGCAGACCUCACAACAGUGGGUAAAAACCUCAGCUUGUACAUUGCCCAUCAAAAUCAAUGCCACUGUGUAACUGUCAUGGAGGGUGUACAGUCUGUUGAUGUUGUUGAAGACCUGCAGUGUGAUCAUGAGGAAUGUGACACACGGGUGUUUUUACAUGCCCAACAUGCUGCACAGGAGCACAAAGCUGUCAUCAUCAAGAGCUCGGACACUGAUGUGGCAGUCAUUGCUGUAAGUCUGCAGGCAGAUUUGCCAUGCAGCUUAUAUGUGUUCACAGGGACUGGCAACAGGACACGGAUCAUUGACAUUGCCAUGGUGUCAUCAGCUCUCGGAACCAGUGUGUGUUCAGCCUUGAUUGGAAUU